AUGGAUGAUUUUAGAAGAUCAGCAAUAUUUGCUGAUUUGGACACAAGCCACGAUGAAUCUCAAUUAGAUUUCACUGAUGAUUUGUCUAAAUCAAAAUUUAGAAAAUCUCAUUUCAAUUUGUCUGUUUCAUUGACACCCGGGGAACUUAGUGCUAUAUUUGAUACAACUGUAGCUCAACCAAGGUUAAAUUGUGAAAAUGGAUUGUUCAAUCAGUUUCUAGAUGUUCUUCAAGCGUUUCGCAUUAGUUCACCUCUACAACUUUGUGAAAUUCUUCAAUACUUUAUUGACAACUGUAUAGACACCAUAUCCAUUUUAAAAGAUCAAAAUCAAAAUGUAGAUUGGUUAGAACAGGAAUUAAAUACAUGGCGUUUACUGUUAACAUUAUUUCAAGUACAACAUUUAGAACCUGAAAAAGUUGACAAAAUAGUUAGCGAACGAGAUUUAGCAGAUGCAUUGUUCAAAGAAGAUCAGAAAUUAAAAGGGAUACAAAGAAUUGUCGAUUGGUUAGAACAUUGUGCUGCUGAGAGUAUGGAAAAUGAAUUCAUGAAAGAUGCAAAACAUUUCUCUGAUGAAGAAGUUGCCUGGCCAAAUACCUUGGGUCAACUAUUGAAAAAAGAAUUAAUAUAUCAAAGUUCCGGGUCUAUGGUCACUCAAUUAGAUCCAGAUGCACCUACCAGACAAUCGAGAUCUAUUCAUGAUCUAGACCAGGUUGACGAUGAUAGACUUCUAACCCAAGUGUUUACUGAGAUUCGUUGUGGUCGAUUAGAAAAAGCUGAAUUGUUGUGUUGUCAGUAUGGUCAAUUUUGGAGGUCAGCGAUAUUGGAAGGUUGGCGGCUGUAUCAUGAUCCGUUUUAUAAACCUAAAGAAGAACAGAAGCCUACAGACGAAGUACUCGGGAAUCCAAAUAGAGAUGUUUGGAAGGCCUGCGCUUGGAAAAUAUCAUCAAAUAAUAAAAUUUCACCUUAUUGGAGAGCUACAAUUGGAAUAUUAUGUGGAAACAUUGAUGCCGUAUUGCCUGUCUGUAACCGAUGGGAAGAUAUUUUAUGGGCACAUCUUCAUACCAUAGUAAACGUAGCUGUUGAAAGCCACAUACAAACCCACAAGUCAAACAACUUUAUAAGUUUACCAGAGAAAUAUUGGGAGUAUAAAAUGUCAUUGGAUGAUAUUGUGUCCGAAUUAAAAUCCAACCCUAAAUUGGCAGUACGUCAGGAAGCACAUAAACCCAAACGCCAAAUUCAACAGUAUUUUAUGACUAAUCAGUUUCGCGAAUUAGUGAAUAUCAUGGCAGAUUGGGCUGAAAACAGUUUGGAAUCAGAUGCUCAAUUUUUGCGUUUUCUUGCACAUUUAAUCUUGGUCAUUCGUUGGGCUGGAAUUGAACAUGAUGAGCUUGCUGCCAAUUUAAUAAUACAGAAAUAUAUUGAGGUUUUAAUUCCCAUGAAUGAUCCAAUGUUAGUAGCUUAUUAUACAUCUCAAUUGGAACAAAAUAGUCAAGUUAUUAUAUAUUCCAAGUUCCUGGAAAAAAUGGUUUUGUCAGAACAACGAACUAGUGGACUGAUGGCUGCUGAAAAGUUUUCACUUCCAGUUGAAGAGAUAACUAAACGUAUUGUUGAGACGUACAGAAACCGAUUCACUAAUAUGACAAAUGGCCAAGACCUAUUUUCGGAAAUUACCAAUGAUGACAAUGAACUAAUUUCUGCAUUAGAUUGGAUAAUUUAUUAUCCUCACCAAGUAGAGGAGGCAUUUAUGCAAAUAAAUGCGGUUGUACGUAAUUUUGUUGCUCAAGGAAAAAUCCAAGCAGCCCGCUUAGCAUUUAAUAAGGUUCAGAAGGAUUCAAUCACUAGAUUAUUGAAUAAUGCUGAUAUUGAUAUUGAAAAACUUUUGAUGCUGGAUAUGGUAUCAGUUUCUGGAAAAAUACAAUCACUCAUCGGGGAAUAUUUAGCUUAUAAAUGUUAUUUGGAUGCGGAAGAAGGAUUUGCUGAAUGGUUUCAUGAAUAUCAUCAAACCAAACCAAUUGAACCUGUCAAACUACAUGGAAAUGUAGAUUAUGCUAAAAAAUUGAUCUACGAUCACAACAUGGAACAGUAUCAAACGGCAUUAGGCAAUUGGAAAAAGAAUGUAUCCAGUUCAUCACAAAUUGUUGUUGAACAACUCUUUAAUCUGCUUUUUUUCCCCAAUGGCUGGCUUGUUGACUACCAAAAUGAGGACAAAAAUCGUCAUGAACACUUUGAACGUCUGCGAACUAUAUGUAUUCCAAAGAUUUUUUUGCUGUUACAUACUAUAUUGCAUUGUGCUGAAAGAUAUACUGAAUGUAUCAAGUUAGCUGGUUAUAUAACAGAUAAGACCAAUAAGUUCUACCAAUUAUUCACUCAAGCUGAUCUAAAGAAGUUAUUAGCAAAGAUUGCUGAAUCAUCGGUCUGCAUAAUGGAAUCACAUGAUCAACAAUUAGAUCCUUGGGGAUUUAAAAAAUAA